UUGGAAAACAAGGAUUUCAAUGUCAAGAAUGUCAGUUUGUGGUACAUAAACGUUGUCACGAAUAUGUCACAUUCAAAUGUCCUGGAAAGGACACCGGAGUUGAUUCGGAUUGCGAAAAAGCAAAACAUUCAUGGAUUUUGACUACCUAUACUGGACCACAUUUUUGUGAUCAUUGUGGUGCUAUGUUAUACGGUGUAUCGAAUCAAGGCUAUAAAUGUCAAGCAUGUGAUAUGAACGUUCAUGCAAAAUGUAAGGAAAGUGUACCAAAUUUAUGCGGUUCUGAUCAUACUGAAAGACGUGGUCGUAUAAGUGUUGAACUUUCUGUAACUAAAAGUAUUUUAACAGUUGUUGUAAAGGAAGGCGCCAAUUUAAUUCCAAUGGAUCCAAAUGGUUUGAGUGAUCCCUAUGUUAAAAUAAAAUUGAUUCCAGAUGAACAGGAUAAAACAAAACAGAAGACAAAAACAAUUAAAGGAACAUUAAAUCCAGUUUAUAAUGAAACAUUUACAUUCAACUUGAAGCCAGAAGAUAAAGAUAAACGAGUUCUUGUAGAAGUAUGGGAUUGGGAUAGAACUUCACGUAAUGAUUUUAUGGGUUCAUUAUCAUUUGGAGUUUCUGAAAUAAUCAAGGAACCAGUUGAGGGAUGGUUUAAAUUAUUAACAGAAGAGGAAGGUCAAUAUUACAAUGUUCCAUGUACUGAUGAGAAUACAGAUUUGGCUAAAUUAAGAAGCCAAAUGAAGAAAUCAUCUCAACGUAAACCAGCACCAAAACAAGCAAGAGAUACUCCUCAUAAUAUGAGCAAAUUGGAUAUGAUUCGUCAAUCUGAUUUCACAUUUAUUAAAGUACUGGGUAAAGGAUCCUUUGGAAAAGUUAUGCUUGCUGAACGUAAAGGUACUGAUGAGCUGUAUGCAAUAAAAAUUCUUAAAAAGGACGUUAUAAUACAAGAUGAUGACGUUGAAUGUACAAUGAUUGAAAAGAGAGUUUUAGCAUUAUCAGAUAAACCACCAUUUUUGGUCCAAUUACAUUCGUGCUUCCAAACUAUGGAUCGACUUUUCUUUGUUAUGGAAUAUGUUAAUGGUGGUGAUUUAAUGUUCCAAAUUCAACAAUGUGGUAGAUUUAAAGAACCAAUUGCAUGUUUCUAUGCAGCUGAAAUUGCUGUUGGAUUAUUCUUUUUGCAUAAUCGUGGUGUUAUUUAUCGUGAUUUAAAAUUGGAUAAUGUUCUAUUAGAUCGUGAUGGACAUGUUAAAAUUGCUGAUUUCGGUAUGUGCAAAGAAGGUAUCAAAAAUGAUAAUACAACAAAAACAUUUUGUGGUACACCCGAUUAUAUAGCGCCUGAGAUAAUACUUUAUCAACCAUAUAAUAAAUCGGUUGAUUGGUGGGCAUAUGGUGUUCUAUUAUAUGAGAUGUUAGUUGGGCAACCACCAUUUGAUGGAGAAGAUGAAGAAGAAUUAUUUGCAGCAAUCACCGAUCAUAAUGUUUCCUAUCCAAAAAGUUUGAGUAAAGAAGCAAAAGAAGUAUGCAAAGGAUUCUUAACUAAACAACCACCGAAACGUUUAGGUUGCGGUGAUAAUGGAGAGGAUGAUGUUAGAGGACAUGCAUUCUUUAGGCGUAUAGAUUGGGAAAAAAUUGAAAAUCGUGAUGUUCAACCACCAUUUAAACCGAAAAUUAAACAUCGUAAGGACGUUUCAAAUUUCGAUAAACAAUUUACAUCAGAGAAAACUGAUUUAACACCAACCGAUAAAUUAUUUAUGAUGAAUUUGGAUCAAAAUGAAUUCAUUGGAUUCUCAUAUCUAAAUCCAGAAUUUAUAACAAUGAUUUAAAGAGUCACUUUUAUUUUUUCUUAUAAUUAUUAUCAUUAUUAAUUAAUUAAUAUUAUUGAAUUUAUGAAAUCUUAUAAUUAUUAUUAAAUUUAAAAAUUAAUUACAUAAAAAUAUUAUGUAUAAUAAAUGCUCGUAAUACACUUAAAAGAAAAAAUUAAUUUAAUCUGAAAAAUAAAAAUUUAUAUUUUCAGUUUGUAAUUUUUUAAUUUUGUCUCUAAAUAUUUAUGAAAUGAAAAUUUUUCGAAUCCUAAUUAAAAUCAGAAAUCUAAAUUAUUUUAAAUAUACAUAUAAGUUAAUCCAAAAAUAAAAAAAAAACAAAGCAAAAAAAAUAUGAAAUAUGAACAAUUAACAUGUUGGGGAAAACAUAAAUCGCUAACAAAAUUUAUGAGUAUAACAAAAACCAAAAAAAAAAAAAAAAAAAAAUUUUAAAUUGAACUAUUACAAUAUUUUAUAAUUGUAAUAGUUCAAUAAUAAUACAAGAAAAAUAGAAAACAAAAAAUCCGAAUCUAAAAAGAAAACAAAAAACAAAAAUAACUUUGGAUUACAGUUAAUAAAUUUUCAUUGAAUUUUAUUGAUUCACCCAUACUUUAAUCUGGUCGAAAUUUCGUAAAAAUUUAAGAUCAAUUCCCGAAUUUCUUUGUCCAUUCUACAUUCUUCUAUAGAUUUUCUAUAUAUAUAUUUCUUUAAAUUUAUCGAAAAUAUGAAGCAAUUAAUUACUAAUCGAACAAAUACUAGUCUAAUACUAGUUUAAUAAUAAAUGUUCGAAUUUUUUCAAUAUUCGAAUAUCUCAUUAAUGAAUUUCCUUAAUUUCAGAAUUUUUCUAAUAUUUAAAUAUUUCUAAUUUUCGAAUAUUAAUCAUAUAUAUAUAUAUAAUAACAGUUUUUCGAAUUUUUCUUAUAUUCGAAAAUUUCCCUUAAAAAUAUUUCGAAAUAAUUUCGAAAUUUUAAUUUAUAUUUGAUAAUAUAAAUCAAAUAAAAAUUCUUAAUUAUUAUUCAAAAUAUGCAUUAUAUAAUUUCCUGUUAGAAAUUAAUUUUCUAUAAAAAAAAAAGUAUAUUUUCGAAAUUUUAAAAAAUUAUAUCAAAAAAAAUAUAUCAAAAAUUUUAAUUGAUAAGAACUGAAUUUUAAUUGUAAUUAAAAUAAAAAUUUUAUGCAUUUUAAUCAUAUUAUUAUUAAAUCCCUAUAAGUAUGCAAUAAAAUUCACAAAAUAAUUAUCUAUGAAAAAUUAAAUCAAAAAAUAAUGCAAAAUUAAGCUAAUAGCAUCAUUAAAUCACAAAAAAUUUAAAUUAUAAUUAAAAUGUCUUUAUUAUAAAAUCAUUUCAUUAUAAUAUGAUGGUUUCCAAAAGCAAAAAAAAAAAAAAAAAACAAAUAAAUACUAAAAUUCAUUUGAAAUAAAUUAACUGUGUGCAUAACAGAAUCUAUAAAACUAAAGACUUACUAAACAAAACUUAAAGUAGUAAUAUUCUAAAAAAAAACAAAAAAAAACAAAAAACCAAAAA